AUGCGUUUCUCAAAAUCUAUCUAUCUAUCUAUCUAUCUAUUCUAUUCGGUCUGUUCAUAUCUAUCUAUCUAUCUAUCUAUUCGGGAUUUUUUUCUCUUCCCUUCUCUGUUUCUUUCUCUCUGUUGCAUUCUUUUUUUUUUCUUUUUACAUCUUUCAUUCUUUCUUUCUUUCUUUAUAACUCGAUUUGUCUUUCUUUUUCUUUCUUUGCAUUUUUCUUUCUUUAUAUCUCUUUUUCUUUCUUUCUUUCUGUCUUUCUUUCUUUCUUUCUUUCUUUCUUUAUAUCUCGUUUUCUUUCUUUCUUUUUCUUUGUAUUUUUCUUUCUUUAUAUCUCUUUUUCUUUCUAUCUUUCUUUCUUUCUUUAUAUCUCCUUUUUUUUCUUUCUUUUUUCUUUGCAUUUUUCUUUCUUUAUAUUUCCUUUUCUUUCUUUUUUCUUUGCAUUUUUCUUUCUUUAUAUCUUUUUUCUUUCUUUCUUUCUUUAUAUCUCCUUUUCUUUCUUUUUUCUUUGUAUUUUUCCUUCUUUAUAUCUCUUUUUCUUUCUAUCUUUCUUUCUAUCUUCUUUUUUCUUUCAUUUACAUCUUUCGUUUUUUACAUCUUUCUUUCUUUUUUCUUUCUUUCUCUACAUCUUUCUUUCUUCUUUCUUUCUUUCUUUCUUUCUUUCUUUCUUUCUUUCUUUCUUUCUAUGUCUAUUUCUUUUUACAUCUUUCUUUCUUUCUAGAUUUCUUUCUUUCUAUCUUUCUAGAUUACUGUUUCUUUAUUUCUAUCUUUCUUUCUUUCUUGACGGAAGCAGACUUUUAUUUUGAUGUUGAAGACAUUAUUGUGGCGGUUUCUUUUUUUUGA